GCUGUCUGAUGCUGUCACUAUGACUACCCCCAGUCAAGCCAAUGUGAUGUCAUCAUGACGUGAUCAGCUGAAAACUUGGUGGACUCAAAACUUCAUUCUGUGUUGAUAGGGAACUUCUACCGAUGCUGCCUGAACCAGUUCUUAAGUCAGGUACUGGGAAUGACUCGCACUGGGCUCAACUAAAACGAUUGUGAUUCAGAGAGUGUGCUGUUCAGUGGAAAUAUGCAAAUAAGCUAAUCUUUUACAAUGGCAGGAAUAACAAUCUGUCAGUCUGUCCUGGAACGGAUCAGCCACAGUCACCUGGACUGCCCGAUCUGCUCCAAUCGUUUCAAACAUCCUAAACUCCUCGACUGCCUUCACAGUUUCUGCACUGAGUGCCUGGAAGGCCUCCGCCAGACGCAUGACCCGGACUCGCCAACUCUCGUUUGCCCAAUCUGUCGGAAGGAGACCAGACUAUCAAAGGACGGUGUGAGCGCUCUGGGAAACAAUUUUUCCCUGAUGGCACUGGUGGAAGAGUUCAACAGGCAAGAAGAGCUUCUAAGGGUUCUGAGGUCAAAGGUCAGAUGUCAGCAAUGCGACUCGAUGGAGGAAGUGGUCUUCAAAUGCACUGACUGUGAUCACUUCAUGUGUCUGAAAUGCAAGGAAGUGCAUGAACAGUUGGAGAACUCAGAGAAUCACCGACUUGUUGCCAUUUCUGAUCCAUCUAUUGGGAAAUAUCCCAUCGGAAAAACUCCUCAAAGACAACGUUCCGAAGAAGUCCGAUGCAAGAAGCACGGAGACUUGUUCCACUUUUAUUGCAACACAUGCCAAGUGCUGGUCUGUACGGCCUGCACAGCUCUGGACCAUCACUCUCCGGAGCACGACUUUGUGGAAGUCUCGUCGGCCGAGGAGUCCUGCAGAAAAGAACUCCAGGACUUACUCUGUCGAGUGAAACGCAGCAAGAAAGAAACCCAGGAUGCCAUGGAUCUUACAGACAUGGCUCUGUGCAAGCUGAAGGCUGCCGCCAAUCAGGUGGUAACUGAGAUAACGGAGGCCGCGAACCGUGAGGUGGACAAGGUUCGACAGAGGGAGGUUGCGCUGAAGAGAAGGGUAGGGCAAAUUGAUCAAGACAGGUCAGCUGUGUACGACAGGUCCUUUGUUGGCUACUGCGCUCAGCUACAACACGCAGACAAAACAAUAACAAGAGUUUGUGAGCUUUUGGAAGGUUGUACUUCUCUGGAGUUACUGGCACAAAAACAAACCAUCCAAAGUACUUUGAGGGCUGCUGCAGAUAAGUACUCUCCACCAAAGCUUGAUGAGCUAUUCUUUGGAACUUUCAAUUUUCAAAGCAAGGAGAUUCCACAGAACUUUGGUCAAUUUGUGUUGAGCAAAUGGAAGCUCAGGGUUGAGUUUGGUGCCGGGGGAGAUGUCACAACCUCAUUCCAGAUGGCACAAGAAGUAAGUACAUUUGCUGACGGGGACAUCCUCACUGCGGAUGCUGAUAAAAACAAAGUGACUGUGCAUGAUCCAAAAGGCCAAUUUAAGUGCUAUUUUGAUGGGAAAACAGACCAGUCAGAAAAAUGCCUGAAGGUUCCAAGUAGUAUCUCAGUUAAUCAUCAGGACGAUCGGCUGUUCGUUGUGGAUGGUCCAGUUGUGAAGGUGUUCAACCAAGAACAAAUGCACCUGUACAACUUUGCUCCAUCCUUAGCAGGCGUGUGUUGUGAACACGAGGCAGGAUUAAAGUCUGUGGAUGAUAGUAGAGACACAACGGAAAAGAUAGCUGAAAUAUCCACCGCACGCCAGGAGGCAUUGAACCUUAAUACUGAACCUGAAGCAGGAACAAUGGGUGCUUCAGAACCAGUGGCAGCAGUAGGAUCUGAACUGGUUGCAGAAGUGGGAUCCAAAGCGACUUCAGAUGUCAAAACAGAGGCAGUUACAAAAUAUAUCGCAUCCUGCCUUGCUGUCGCUGAUAGCUUGGUCGCACUCGGAGUUGAAACAAAGAAAGUUAUAUCCCUUCACAACCUGGAUGGAUCACCGAUUCGAACUCUCCCUGCUGAUCUUGUUGAAGAUAACCUUGCAAUCAACAAGACUAAAGAACUCAUCUUCACAAAUUACAGACGGUCAAGGUUGGUGUCCAUGGACCUCUACGGAAACAAGGUGUUCUCUGUCGAGACGACACACAAAGGGAAGCUUGUGAAACCCAUGGGGGUUUGUUGUGAGGGUCACUCUAACAUUUACGUUGCCGUUCAUCUGGGGCUAGGACGUGGCGAAGGUGAAAUCCAUCACUACGACAACGAGGGAAGGAAGGUUGGGCACAUCAUCCAGAGCCUGUACAACCCUCUGGGUUUGGCACUGACUCCUAGAGGAGAACUGGUUGUGGCUGAUAAGAACUCUGUCAAGAUCUUCCAGAAAGUCAAAUGCAACACGGAGAUUAGUGAUUUGACUUAUGUGUAG